GGAAGGAGAUACAAUCGUCAAUUAAGACAAUUUGCGACAUCUUCGUAUCUCUGUGGACCUAAAGCUUACAGAAUGAUAAAAAGUUCUAAGGCAUUGUGUCUUCCCUCAAAAAGGAGUGUGAAAAGAUGGACAAACAAUAUUCGGAUCGGUCCAGGAUUGAAUCGGACCAUUUUUGAAAAAUUGAAACAGAAAGCAAACAACCUUUCUGAAAAGGAUCGCGUGGUAAUCAUUGCUAUGGAUGGCAUGAAAAUCAAAUCUAGUCUCUGUUACACCGCAAAAAAUGAUACUUUCCACGGAUUUCCAGAUACGGGGGCCAAAAUUAAAGUUGAAAAAAAUAGCCCUCAACGUUUAGCUAGCGAAGCAGUUACAGUCAUGAUGCGAGGAGUUUUCAGCAAUCUCAAACAGGGACUGGGAUAUUUUCUAACACAGAACACCCUCGGCAGUGAACAACAACUGGAGAUAGUUAAAGCAGUCAUUAGACGUGUAAGAGAGGCAGGUUUCUUUCCCAAAGUCUUAGCCAUGGACCAAUUUGCGACUAACAUCAAGAUGGCAAAGGAAGCAGGAGCAAGAAGCGAGACCCCAUACUUCUCCGUGGACGGCGAAAGGGUCUAUGUGAUGUGGGAUUCGCCACAUCUCAUGAAAAACGCACGUAAUAUGCUGAAAAAGUGCAAUGCUGUUUUUGAUGGUCAAAUUGCUAGCUUUGACGACAUCGAACAGCUUUAUGCGGUGGAUUCAGUAUCCAAUCCCAGAUUGGCACCAAGACUGACAGAGAAGCAUAUUAUAUUGCCUCCCUUUUCUCCUAUGAAUGUAUCCAUGGCGGCACGAACACUCAGCGAGUCAGUGGCAGCUACGCUCCGAUACUACUCGGAUUCGGGAGAGCUUCCGCAGCGGGCCAAAGAGACAGCCAACUUUGUAGCCAUGAUUGAUAAGCUAUUUGAUACGUUUAAUACGCGGCAGAAACGUUGUGUUUCAAAGGUACGUUUUCUUACUUACUUUGUUGAGAAUCGAUAAAAGAUCUUGAUUUACAGGUAUAUAAGUCAGCCAUCGAGCAAAAUUCGUGUCACUGGGAAUUGCUGGAGUCAGUGAAAUGUACACUUAAUAAGAUGUACUUCACUGAUAAAACGUGUGUCGAUAUUUCAAAGGUGAUUACUAAAUAUUUCUUUAUGAAUCGUCCAUAAAUUACGUCGUACAAAAGUUGAGAGUUUUUGAUAUAUCCAUCACCCCACACUCCUCCCUUGUCAAACUUAUG